AUGAAGAAAUAUACGGCUAGUAAUAGGACUAAAAUACUCUUCCUUUGCUUCGAACUUCUGCUAUUUAUUUCUUUCAUCUGUGUGUUACAAAAUGUUAAUCAUGGCAUACAUUAUAACCCUAGGACCUGUCAACAAAAUGACAAAUCCAGGAACAAAUUAAUAAACAGCAGACAAUUAGCUUUACUACAUGGACCUGGCCUUCAUAACCACUGUACCGAAACCAUUGAGUCACGUGACUUACCAUUCACAUCAUCAUCAUACACCAAUUGUUUCACCAGCGUACUCGGCAGUACCGGUAGUACCGACAGUAGGGACAGUACUUGA